CGACUCCACGACGCAGUACGGGCUGACCGGCGCCGUCUUUGCCCGCGACCGGAGCGCCAUUGAGGCGGCGGAAAAGGGGCUGCGCCACGCGGCUGGCAACUUCUACGUCAACAGCAAGAGCAGCGGACCCACACGCAGAGUCACAAAAGUCCUCGUCUUACACUGA